AUGCUGGUGGACAAUAGCCAGUUGGCCGAGAGACUGCGCAAGCUGCACGACAAAAUCAAGAAUACGAGUGGAGAGCUCAGUGCGAGCUGGAUUGGCGAUGCCGAAGCGCAGGCGAUUGCUGAAACACUCAAAGAGAACAAGACAGUGACUACGAUCUAUUUUGAAAAUCGGAUGGGCGAUGCCGGAGCGCAGGCGAUUGCUGAAGUACUCAAAGUGAACAAGACGCUGACUGCGCUCUAUCUGGACCGGAAUCAGAUUGGCGAUGCUGGAGCGCAAGCGAUUGCUGAGGCACUCACAGUGAACAAGACGCUGACUACGCUCUAUCUGGACUGGAAUCAGAUUGGCGAUGCCGGAGCGCAGGCGAUUGCUGAGGCACUCAAAGAGAACAAGACGCUGACUCUGCUCAGUUUGAGUGAAAAUCGGAUUGGCGAUGAUGGUGCAUGGGCGAUUGCUGAAGUACUCAAAGUGAACACGACGUUGAAGAAGCUCCAUCUGAACCGGAAUCAGAUUGGCGAUGCUGGUGCGCAAGCGAUUGCUGAGGCGCUCAACGUGAACACCACGCUUUCUAUGAUUGGUCUGGACGGCAAUCGCUUUUCUCUAUCCGGUGUCCUGAUCUUGAAGGCAGUCUGCAAGAAAAGAUGGCUACAUUUGGAGGACGUUUUACAACAGAGUAUGACUCCGAGGCAGCUCGGGUUGUAUGACCACGUCAAGAACGGGAAUGGGGCGGUCGUAUUGAGUGGGAAUCAGAUUGGUAUUGCCGAAGCACUGGCAAUUGCUGAGGCACUCAAAGUCAAUACGACGCUGACUAUGCUCUUUCUGCAGGUCAAUCAGAUUGGCGAUGCUGGAGCGCAGGCGAUUGCUGAAGCACUCAAAGAGAACAAGACGCUCGCUCAGCUCGACUUGCAUAUGAAUCAAAUUGGCGAUGUUGGAGCACAUGCGAUUGCAGAAGCACUCAAAGUGAACACGACGCUGAUUCAGCUCCUUCUGGACGGCAAUUCCAUUUCUCAUUCCGGUGUCACGGCCUUGAAGGCAGCCUGCAAGGCAAAUUGUCAGCUUUCGAUUCAAAGCCAGCUCGAGUCUCAUGAUCAAGUGAAUGGCACGACGACUGGAUCGUUUGGCAUGCAUAAGAGUCAUUCUUCGACCGCCGAAGCAGAAGAGUCUUCUGCUGAAGAAUCCAAAAUGGACACCACGGUGCCUGAGCCCAGCCUGCAACAGAGUCAGCGCGGUCACGUUGAAUCUCAGGGGAUCGCAGCCGCACCCGAGGAAAACAUGCAGCGCUUUGUCGAGUUUGUACGCGUGUACUUUGCGUCGCGGUCCAACAUUUACCUUCGGUUCCUCGCCUUGAUGGACGAGUACAAGCGCGCAAUAAUAAACAAAGAGGCGCUGAUUCUCGAAGUCUCCAACUUGUUUCAAGCCUAUCCGCACGUUCUCGGCCACUUUUUUCAAAGCCUGGAACUCGAGGCUUCAGCCCAGAUUGCUCCCGGCCUGUCAAGUGCCUUGGACCACGCCACAAUCGAGCAAGUGUAUCACCCGAUGGCCGCAUGGUUUGAAAGCAUCAAAAAGGAAGACAACUAUCAUGACGUUGUACGCGCCAUUCGUUCACACCUGUACAACCGGUUUGCCCCGGGCACGUAUUUUAUGGUCCCGCUUCCGGCGGAUUCCAAUGCGAGCAUGCAGUCGGAAUCGCUCAAGCAAGAAAAUGAUCGAUCACCAUCACCGCCACAAGAACAACAACAACAACCAGAAGAUAUCUUUGAAGCUGACUUUGAGGCGCUCGUCACUGCGAUGAAAAACCUUCUCUCUCCGCAGCAGGUCGAAAGAUUCAAGACAGUCAUGAGUACGCCCCAGUUUGAUUGACACACUCGCGUGAAUGGUCGACUAUUUCACUCGAUCAUGUAAAUACUCGCUGUUGCAUCGUGGAACAUUGUACUCCAGCCAAUUUUGUCAGUAUAGUAGUGUAUUACAAAGUAAACAAACAAAUCAACUGUCA